AUGACAAUCUUUGAUAGCAAGAAUCUCAUUGAAGAUCGCGAUGAUGUGAACAUUGAAAAGAUGCUCAUUGACGACGAAGAAAACUUUAGCAGGCCGCCCGGCAGCGUGGACAUGGUCAUCUCUAGUCUAAACCUCCACUGGAUAAACGAUCUUCCCAAGUUAUUCGGCAAUAUAAUAAGCUGUCUGAAGGAGGACGGCGUCUUCAUCGGGGCAAUGUUCGGCGGACAGACGCUCUUUGAGCUUCGCUGUUCUCUGCAGAUGGCGGAAAUGGACCGCGAGGGCGGUUUCGGCGCCCACGUGUCGCCCUUUGUCACCCCGCAGGACAUCGGCGGUCUGCUGAACCGGGCUGGCUUCACCAUGCUCACCAUUGACGCCGAUGAGAUUGUCAUUGUCGUGCACUACCCUAGUAUCUUCGAGCUCAUGUACGACCUGAAGGGAAUGGCGGAGAAUAAUGCCCUGAUACGUGCUCGAAAGCACAUCAACCGAGACUCGCUCCUGGCGGCGGCGGCCAUCUACAAUGGAAUCUACGGCAAGACCAAAGCUGUUCCGGCGACAUUUCAGAUCUUCUACUUUAUCGGCUGGAAGCCACAUCCCUCACAGCCACAGCCGCUAAAACCAGGCAGUGCCACCUUUAGCCUGAAGGACAUUGCCCACUUGGGGAAGAAGCCAAAUGAGUGA